AUGGAGGGACUUUUGAGCCUCACCCUCCAGGGCUCAGAGUUGGAAAGAAACUGGAAACACGAGGAUCAGUUCACAGACCCUCAGGAAAACCGGGAAAGCUGUCUGGAGCCAGAGGCAGCGGCCCACAAGGGAGACCCUGCAGCGGACGGCGUCCAGGAACGCAAUGAACUCAACCAAAUCCCAAGAACCACAUUGGGUCCUGCUGCUACCCAAGCCACGGCCCCCGGUGACAGCAGGCCCCAGAGGUGCUGUGUGCCAACCAAGAACCUGAAGCAGAAGCAUUCAGACGCUGGCCAGGGGGAGAAAGGUGGCAGCCCCAAGAAGCCAUGGAAAUGCGAGGACUGCGGAAAGGCCUUCAGCUACUGCUCGGCGUUCAUCUUGCACCAAAGAAUCCACACCGGGGAGAAGCCGUUCGCGUGCCCCGAGUGCGGCAAGGCCUUCAGCCAGAGUGUGCACCUGACCCUGCACCAGCGCACGCACACGGGGGAGAAGCCCUACGCGUGCCAUGAGUGCGGCAAGGCCUUCAGCCAGGGCUCCUACCUGGUGUCCCACUGGCGCACGCACACGGGCGAGAAGCCGCACCGCUGCGCCGACUGCGGCAAGGCCUUCACGCGCGUCACGCACCUGACCCAGCACCGGCGGGUGCACACGGGCGAGCGGCCCUACGCGUGCGUCCAGUGCGCCAAGGCGUUCCGCAACCGCUCGUCCCUGAUCGAGCACCAGCGCAUUCACACUGGCGAGAAGCCCUACGAGUGCGCAGAGUGCGCCAAGGCGUUCCGCUUCUCAUCGGCGCUCAUCCGCCACCAGCGCAUCCACACCGAGGAGAAGCCGUACCGCUGCGGCCAGUGCGCCAAGGCCUUCACGCAGAUCGCGCACCUGACGCAGCACCGGCGUGUGCACACCGGGGAGAAGCCCUACACCUGCCCGGACUGCGGUGCGCCCUUCAGCCAGAGCGCCUCGCUGGCGGAGCACCGGCGCAUCCACACGGGCGAGAAGCCUUAUGCCUGCGGCCAGUGCGCCAAGGCCUUCACGCAGGUGUCACACCUGACGCAGCACCAGCGCACACACACCGGCGAGCGGCCCUACACGUGCCAGGACUGCGGCAAGCGCUUCAGCAACCGCUCCCACCUCCUCCAGCACCACUUUGUGCACACCGGUGAGCGGCCCUACAAGUGCCUGCAGUGCGGCGCUGCCUUCAGCCACGUGUCCUCCCUCAUCGAGCAUCAGAAGAUCCACACUGGGGAGCGGCCCUACAAGUGCGGUGAGUGCGGCAAGGCCUUCAGCCAGGGCUCGUCCCUCACCCUGCACCAGCGUACGCACACCGGCGAGCGGCCCUACACCUGCCCCGAGUGCGGCAAGGCCUUCAGCAACCGCUCCUACCUGGUCCAGCACCACAUCGUGCACACCGGCGAGAAGCCCUAUGAAUGCGGCAGCUGCGGAAAGGCCUUCAGCUUCUCCUCAGCGCUCAUCCGACACCAGAGGACCCAUGCGGCCAAGAAGCUACUCGUGUGGCCAGUGUGGGGACACCUUUGCCCAGCUCCCACACCUGACUCAACACCUGAGCGUUCACAGGGAGGAGAAGCCUGUAAACAGUAGCGCCCUCGCAGAAACCCGCCUGGACCAGCAGAAGAUUAAGAGUUGAGGUUGCAGGGCGCAUACACCAGGCGCUUCACUAACCUUUUUGUAUGGCUGAUUUCCAGCCUCACCACCCUAUGGGGGAGGUACUAUAUCACCCCCACGCUGCCCCCAGGAAACCGAGGCUCAGAGAAGCUCAGUAACUUGCCCCAGGUCACACAGUGGGGAGCACACAGCCCUGGGACUGGCCCCCACGUCUGCCGGACUCCCCUCAACUGGCUCCCCGGUGCAAAAUUAUGAACGUGGCACAGUUCUGAGGGUCUCUGGCUGGCCUUUUUGUUGUUGAUGACAUGAGUGACUAGGUACUUGCUCAGUGAUUUUAAUUGGAUUAAAGAGA